AUUUAAUUGUCCAGGAGACCUAAGAGGACACUACCCUAAUUGGGAGUAUUAGGUGGUCUUCGAGGAGUUUUUGAGAUUGCAGGGUGGAAUAAGUUGGGGCUAGAUUGGAACCAGGCUGCCUGUGUGUGUCCUGGGAGUGAAUGGAUGUAGGAUGAAGUGAUAGGAUACUGAGUGCUGCUAAUUGACAAGUGCACUUUAAGAGUGCUCCUAACUUCAUUGCACCAUGUGUGGCAUUUGGGCCCUCUUUGGCAGUGAUGCCUGCCUUUCUGCACAGUGUCUGAGUGCUAUGAAGAUUGCACACAGGGGUCCGGAUGCAUUUCGUUUUGAGAAUGUCAAUGGUUACACCAACUGCUGUUUUGGUUUCCACCGGUUGGCAGUAGUUGACCCCUUGUUUGGAAUGCAGCCAAUUCGAUUGAAGAAGUAUCCUUAUUUGUGGCUCUGUUACAAUGGUGAAAUCUACAACCACAGAAGGCUACAACAACAUUUUGGAUUUGAAUACCAGACCAAUGUGGAUGGUGAGAUCAUCCUUCAUCUGUAUAACAAAGGAGGAAUUGAGCAAACAGUUGGUCUGUUGGAUGGGGUCUUUGCAUUUAUUUUGCUGGACAUUACUAAUAAGAAAGUAUUCUUGGGCAGAGAUACCUAUGGAGUCAGACCUUUGUUUAAAGCCAUGACAGAGGAUGGAUUUCUGGCUGUUUGUUCAGAAGCUAAAGGUCUUGUUUCAUUGAAGCACUCCACAGCUCCCUUUUUAAAAGUGGAGCCCUUUCCUCCAGGACACUACGAAGUCUUGGAUUUGAAGCCAAAUGGCAAAGUUGCAUCUGUGGAAAUGGUUAAAUAUCAUCACUGUAGAGAUGAACCUUCACAUGUCAUCUAUGAUAGUGUGGAGAAACUUUUUCCAGGUUUUGAGUUAGAAAGUGUAAAGAAUAAUCUGCGUAUCCUUUUCAACAAUGCUGUUAAGAAGCGUUUGAUGACAGACAGGAGGAUUGGUUGCCUUCUAUCAGGGGGCUUGGACUCCAGUUUGGUGGCUGCCACCCUACUGAAGCAACUGAAAGAGUCCCAGGUGCAAUAUCCUCUCCAGACAUUUGCCAUUGGCAUGGAAGACAGCCCCGACUUACUGGCUGCUAGAAAGGUGGCAAAUCAUAUUGGAAGUGAACAUCAUGAAGUCCUCUUUAACUCUGAGGAAGGCAUUCAGGCCCUGGAUGAAGUCAUCUUUUCCUUGGAAACUUAUGAUAUUACAACGGUUCGAGCAUCUGUUGGUAUGUAUUUGAUUUCCAAGUAUAUUCGGAAGAACACGGAUACUGUGGUGGUCUUCUCUGGAGAGGGGUCAGAUGAACUUACACAGGGCUACAUAUAUUUCCACAAGGCUCCUUCUCCUGAGAAGGCUGAGGAGGAAAGCGAGAGGCUUCUGAAGGAACUCUAUUUGUUUGAUGUUCUCCGUGCAGACCGAACUACGGCUGCCCAUGGCCUUGAACUAAGAGUCCCUUUUCUGGAUCAUCGAUUUUCUUCUUAUUACUUAUCUUUGCCACCGGAAAUGAGAAUUCCAAAAAAUGGGAUCGAGAAACAUCUCUUGAGAGAGACAUUUGAGGACUCCAAUCUGCUACCUAAAGAGAUUCUCUGGCGACCAAAGGAAGCAUUCAGUGAUGGAAUAACCUCGGUCAAGAACUCCUGGUUCAAGAUCUUACAGGAUUACAUUGAGCACGAGGUUGAUGAUCCAAUGAUGGCAACAGCAGCCCAGAAGUUCCCCUUCAAUACUCCAAAGACUAAAGAAGGCUAUUACUACCGUCAGAUCUUCGAACGCCACUACCCAGGCCGGGCUGAUUGGCUGACCCAUUACUGGAUGCCCAAGUGGAUGAAUGCUACUGAUCCUUCCGCUCGCACUCUGACCCAUUACAAGUCAGAUGCCAAAGCUUAAGUACUCUCUGAGCUAUUUGGGCAGAAGGAAAAUGUUCCUUUGUGCUUUGAGGACAAAAAUAGGAACAAAGAGGAUCAGUCACUCAGGCUUACUUGGGCAUGGAGAAGAAUAAAAAUGUUAUACCUAAAAAUUUGCUGUAAUUGUUUAUAUUAAUAAAAUCUCAUCAUUAUA